GAGCAUUAAAUGUGAAAGAUUUUCGAUCUCGGGAAUGAAUGCAAAGAGAUGAGUGGCAUUUGGUUAAAAAGAACUGAGGUAGCUGGCGAUGUCAAGCGCAGAAUCGGCGGCAGAAAUUGCCACCGUAAACACGUCGAAGACGGGUGAAUCCGCCGCCAAAACCACCACAAAUUUAAAUCCUCUGUUUUCUCCUAUUUUUUUCUCUUAGUUGUUUGUAACAGAGCAAUAGUACUACUACAAGAUCGAGUCUUUUCCUUUUUUCAUCAACAUGGGUGAUAAAGGAACCACAAGCCAUGUUCAAUCCACGGUUCUCCACGGCAAGUACGAGCUAGGUCGUGUUCUGGGUCAUGGAACCUUCGCUAAGGUCUACCAUGCCAAAAACUUGCAAACAGGAAAAAGCGUGGCCAUGAAGGUGGUGGGGAAAGAGAAGGUAAUCGAGGUUGGGAUGGUGGAGCAGAUGAAGAGAGAGAUAUCCGCCAUGAACAUGGUGAAGCACCCCAACAUCGUUCAGCUCCACGAAGUAAUGGCAAGCAAAUCCAAGAUCUACAUCGCCAUGGAACUCGUUCGCGGCGGCGAGUUAUUCGACAUGAUAGCCAAGGGUCGCUUGAGGGAAGACAAGGCCAGAGUUUACUUCCAGCAACUAAUCUCCGCCGUCGAUUUCUGCCACAGCCGCGGCGUUUACCACCGCGAUCUCAAGCCGGAGAAUCUUCUCUUAGACGAAGGGGGGAACCUUAAAGUCACCGACUUUGGCCUCAGCACCUUUGCCGAGCACCUGAGGCAAGACGGGUUGUUGCACACCACGUGCGGUACUCCGGCGUACGUGGCGCCGGAGGUGAUCGAGAAAAAGGGCUACGACGGCACCAAGGCUGAUAUUUGGUCUUGUGGGGUCGUCCUCUAUGUGCUUCUUGCUGGGUUUCUACCCUUUCAAGAUGACAAUUUGGUUACCAUGUAUAAGAAAAUUUGCAAGGGUGACUUCAAAUGUCCACCGUGGUUCUCCUCCGAAGCUCGCCGUCUUAUUACCAAGCUUCUCGACCCGAACUCAAAUACCCGAAUCACUAUUUCCCAGAUCAUGGAUUCUCCUUGGUUCAAAAAAUCGGUUCCCAAGAGCAUGGUGGAAACAAAGAAAGAUGAAAAAGAUGAGAGAGAGUUAGAUUUACCGUCCACUAUGAAUGCGUUCCACAUAAUUUCCCUUUCGGAUGGGUUCAAUUUGUCAGCAUUGUUCGAGGAGGAGAAGAAGGAAGAGAAGGAGAUGAGGUUCGCGACUACGAGGCCAGCGAGUAGUGUGAUUUCCAAGUUGGAGGAGGUUGCGAAGGCUGUGAAGUUCGACGUGAAGAAGAGUGUCAAUAAGGUGAGGUUGCAGGGUAAGGACCAUGGACGCAAAGGGAAGCUUGCUAUUGCGGCGGAUAUAUAUGCUGUGACGCAGUCGUUUUCGGUUGUGGAGGUGAAGAAGGACAAUGGUGAUACCUUGGAGUAUAACCAGUUCUGCAGCAAAGAGCUUCGCCCUGCGCUUAAAGACAUUGUGUGGAGGACUUCACCUUCUGAGAAUCCUAGACUUGCUUGAAGAACUCUCCAUUUGAUUCUGAAUGAAUCUACUGUGUCCUCUCACCUCAAAAGGGAAAUUAGACAAAAGCCGAAUGCAAUAAUGAAUCGAAAUCGACGACAUCGAGCUGAUGUUAAUGAUUCAGGGUUAUUAAACUCGGGUCAACCGGGUCCCGGUGGGAUAAUCGGUUUGGGUUACACUUUGGACCGAUCAUGUAUUGAACCAUAGGUUAAGAAGACUAUGAUAUUGAAGUUUUGAUGAUAAUAAAGUACUUACAAAAGACUAACAUGGAAGCAAGCUCUCAAUGCAAUGCAAGACAACAAGUCACAAAUGAUACAAGAAGCCUAUACCAAAGUGCAAAGUUGAAGAAAAGACUUAAAAUGGUAAAGUCAACCAUGAAGUCAAAAUAUUCAAGUGAUGAAAGACUCUACAUAACUCUAAAUAGACAAAAACUUGAAGAUCAAUGAAGACAUAACUCUAUAUUAUUUGUAAGGUCUUGUCUAAUGUAACACCCUAGUUCGCAACCGGUUAGUUAACAUUCAUAUG